AUGGCUAGCGUCAUGGACCUCUUCGCAGGCUAUCCUUCGAAGCACAAACUAAGCCUGUGGACGGACGACACGUUGUUUCAGGACCCUUUGACCAUAGCCCAGGGCUGCAAGCAGUACGAGGCCCAGUUGUACGGGGUGGUGGCGACUAUGAGCCAAGUCAUGCAGGAGCAAGCCGAGAUCGUCGCUGUCGGGAAUCCAAUAGAGCUGCAUCUCUAA